AUGCCGUCCGCCACAGCACGCCGACACUACGAGGACCAGAUUCCUUCCUUCAUGUCCAUCAUUGACGACGAGUCAAACAACACCUACAGCGGCAGAGAUCUUGCGCCGGUGGACGAGAGUCCCAGAUUUCUUCAAAUGGCAGACUCGUAUCCAGAAUGCCCAAAGCACGCUCCUCCAGCGCCGCCGCAUCCCUCACAGAUGGCGCACCUCGGCAACAAUGCCAGGCAGAACUUCGAGUCCGCGGACUCGUCACCAACAACCACCCUUACGACGGACACAUCGUCCUUAUCAGAUCCCUCGCCGUCUUCCUCCCCAGAUUCCCCGGUGCACCUUCUGCCACUAAACAACUUUCCUGGCACCAGCUUCGGUGGCCAUGCCAGCGGCUCGCUUACUGUCGAUGGCAACACCAAUCGCCUUGAGCGACCAAUGACGUCUCCCUCCCCGAGACGUGGGCGUAACAUGAAGGGACUCUCCAUUCAGCCUCCGUUUGGAGGCAAUUUGUCCUCGACAUUGGUGUCCGAACCUUCUUCUCCUGUCUUCAUCAAGCCCAAGAUCCCAGGCAUGAAGAGGAAACCUAGUCAACUCAGUCUCAAAACCGAUUCGAACGGUCUGAACCUGCGCCCUCUCGCAGUGAACCUCGAGGUUCCCGGCUCGCCAGCCAUGCCGCCGAUCCUACAACGAAGACAACUUAAACACUCCACGUCUUCGCCGCACAUGCUCUCCUUCUCCGGCAUGAAAUCCUCCACGUUUGGGCCGUCGGGUGGCAUGUCAUUUCCGACCGUCCUUGAACGUGGCGCUGAUGGCUUGUCCGAGGCUUUCCGCCCAAAGCGGCCCAGUUUCGACGCAGCAAUUGUGGAGGAAGACUCACCCAUCCGUAGUCAAGUCGCCAGCAGGGCAGCCCUUGACUUUCAGCCUCACGACGAGUCUGAGCAGAAUGAGGACCAGAAGUCACCUGGAUAUCCCAAUGGCCCGAUUGCCAUUUAUGACGACAACGUCUACCUAUAUCUGGAACCGACUGCUGAUGAAGCGGCCAAGUUCGACGUUGUCAUCAAUGUCGCUCGCGAAGUGUUGAACCCCUUCAAUGCGCCAGCCGCCGUCAAGCAGCAGGAGAAGACGUCCCCACCAGCCGAGUCUCCCUACCCGGAGACCGCCAUGACGUGCGACAGCUUUACGACGGCAUUUGAAUUCCCUCCAUCCGGCCAGCGACUCCCUGAGACGCCCACAACACCCAAGGCGAAUCCCAUGAAGGAGCCUGAGUAUAUCCACAUGCUGUGGGAUCACAACACUGAUAUUGCGCAUGACCUGAUUGGUCUCUGUGAAACCAUUGAGAAGCGCACCAAGGAUGGCAAGAAGGUGCUUGUGCACUGCCAGCAAGGUGCCAGCAGAUCUGCCAGUUUGAUUAUCGCUUAUGGCAUAUUCCAGAACCCUUCACUGAGCGUCAAUGACGCCUACUACGCUGCGCAGGCCAAGAGUCGGUGGAUCAGUCCCAACAUGCGCUUGAUGUAUUGUCUCCAGGAUUUCCGGGCCGAGAUUGCCAAGAGGAAGCUUCCCCUGCGUUCUGCGGCUGGUCCUCGCAGCGGAAGAAGCCCAACCAAGCAUCAUCGUAUCACGCUUUCCGCGGAUGCAGUUGACCUCAAGCCCAAAGAGCCACUCACUGCCCCUCUACCGGAUGAGAAAGAAAGCCCGAUUAGAGCGCCGAGCCCCCGCCGCAGCCCUUCGCACUCGCGCGGCAAAUCUACACCGAACCUCGAAGCUAUCUCGCCAGGCCCCUCUUCAGCACCAUCGACAUUCUCGUGGGACGAAAAGGAGGACGCACAGGACCCGGGCAAAUUCGGUCGAUUUCAUCUUCAGGGCGAUUCUCUGAAGCCGCCCCAACUGUAUGAGCCACCACCCCAAAGAGUAUCCGAACCCGAGGCGAGACCACAGACGUUGCUCGUUCCGUCAAUGCAGGCCUCUACCUCAUUCUUCCAGCCGCCACCGUCGCCAGGGUUCCCGCCGCCACCAUCGCCAGGGUUUCCCAUGCACCGUCACGAGUUGGGACCCCAGGAAAUGGGCUUCUCCAGUCUAAGCCUUGGAGUCAGCAAUUCUUUACCCCUACGAAACCAUCCGGGCGGACAUACAUUUCCCGACUUCCAAAUUGCAGCCGCCCCGCAAGACGAGGAUGCGCUGCUGUCCCCACGCGCUGAGAUCAUGACGGACAAUCCGAUCCACUCCAAGUUUGCUGAGGCGUCGAUGCCUGGCCUGCACUUCGUUGAGCAGCCGCCGACACCCAACGAAGGGCUCUUCUCACCACGGCAAACAAUGUUUCCUAGGGACCCUUUCAACCCUUAUGGACGUCCGGCCCAAAUAGCCGACCCUCGGAGCCCACCAACGCAAGGCGAGACCCCGAUUGUUCGUUCGAUCGACGACGUGUUAUAA